AUGGCGGUCCGCUCGAGCCUGGAAGCCCUGGAGCUGACGGGGGACGAGGUGGAGCGGCUGAGCCAGGCCUUCCAGGACGAAGGCUUCCGCAAGCUGUUCGCCGACUACGCGGCCGAGCUGAGCGACCCGGCGCAGCGGGCCGUGUACGAGGCGGAGGUGUCGGCCCUGGAGCGGCAGCGGGGCGUCGAGGCGCGCUUCCUGCACCCGCAGCCCGGCUGGGUGCUGCGGACCAGCCAGGCCGGCUCCCGCCGCUGCUACGUCAACGUGUGCGGCAACGCGCUGGUGGCCAGGCCCGAGGCGCGGCCGGAGCCCGGGGGCAGCCGCUGGACGCUGCCGCACUGCCUGGCGCCGGCCCGGGAGGAGCUGGGCAGCCGGCCGAGGCCCGGGGAGCCUCGCGGCCCGCCGCGCCUGGUCUACGACGUGCUCUUCCACCCGGACGCGCUCCGCCUGGCCGCCCGCUCGGCCCGCUUCCGCCGCCUGGUGAGCGACACGGCCCUGGAGGCGCUGGAGAGCCACUUCUCGCCCGGCCUGGACCGCGCCAACGCCGUGUCCGCUGCGGGGCAUCAAGUACAAGGGAGUCCCGCAGGCCACGCUGCUCCGGACGCCGCUGCCCGGGGCCGCCCCGGCGGGAACCGGGGAGGAAGAGAGCCGCUCGCCGCCGCUGCCGCCCUUCCCCACGCCCUACGCCUACCCGCCUCGCCCAGCCGAGCCCCCGAGGCCGGCGCCCGAGCCGGCCCCGGCGGCCACCACGCCGCGCUGGAGCCUCCGGCAGCGCUCCUACGUGGACCUGCAGGACUACCGCUGCUGCCGCGACUCGGCGCCCAGCCCGGUGCCCCGCGAGCUGGUGGUGACGGUGGAGCUGCCCUGCCUCGGCUCGGCCGCCCAGGCGGAGCUGGAGGUCCGCGGGCGGGAGCUGCGGCUGGAGUCGCGGCGCCCCGCCGCCUACAGCCUGCGCCUGCCGCUGCCCUACGCCGUGGACGAGGCCGCCGGCAAGGCCACCUUCAACAAGGCCAAGAGGCAGCUGGUGGUCGUGCUGCCCGUCCUGCCGCCGGCCGGGCAAGAGCAGGGGAGCCCCGGCUGCGGCGAGCAAGGCCGGCCGGAGGAGGAGGAGGAGGAAGAAGGAAGGGAGGAGGAAGAGGAGGAGCCGCCGCCGCCUUCGGAAACCGGAGGCUCGGCUGAACCGCAGCCGGGCUGCGCCCCGAUCCAGGCCGCGAGCAACGCGGAGCAAACGCCCCUUGCCGCCCACGUGGAGGCGAGGCCGGGGUGCGCCGCGGAAAGCGCUCCGGCCGCUCCCGAGCCCGGCCUCUCCACGUGUCCGGGUCAUAACGAUUCCGACGAUCCUCGGAGCCCCGGGGCCAGCAGCCCGGAGGAUCCCGCGGAAAGCGACCCGGCGGCUGACACGCGUCCGACCGUCCCGACGUGCGCCGGCACUGGUCGCGCCGCGGGUUUGCCUGCUGCGCCGCGUGAAGACCCGUGCGUGGACAGCACCGUGGAGCUACGCGGCCCUGUUGCGGGAGUAAGUCAGGGGCUGCUCUGCGCCGACAUGGAUCUGAACGAAAGCACCCAUGUCACCAGCGACGUGGUGCCCUCGCCGUGCCCCGGUGGCAUCGUGGCUCCUCCACGUGUGUCCCGCUGUGACGGCCCGGACCAUUCCGUGGCAACCCUGUCGGAUCUGGACUGCUCUAGUGUAGAUGAGGAUCCGAUGCCCUCGACAAGAAGCGAGCUUCCUGCGCCACCAGCGUGCCCCAGUACCACUAGCGUCGUGCAGAUUUCUGCACCUGCCUCUCUGGGUCCUGCAAACAUAACCUCUGGUUCUCCUCUGCCGCCCACGGAGGGCCCCACCGUUGAUCCAGAUUCUGCCAAAAGCCCUACUAGUUGCCCUGACUCUCCAGUGCCCCCUGCAAGCCCAGCCGCCCGGUGUCCCCCUUUCCAAUGCACUCAGGAUGAAAACUCUCUGAGGCUGAUCUUUCAGGUGCCAGGCAUUGUUCCCCAGAGCCUCAGGGGGGAAGUAGGAACAAAUUGCUACAGAGUUAGUUUUGCCAGCAAAGACUUUGCUUCUUAUACAUUCCUCUUGCAGUUUCCUCCAGAAAAUAGACUGAGUCCCCCUGAGUUUGGACUUGAUGUGUCCCCCGAUAAUGCUGUUAUUUCCCUCACCAAGUCUCUGGAGACCACUGGACUUUGGAGAAAGAUGUAUUUUGGCCCAAAUGGUGAUUCCUUGCAGGUAAAACUACAUUUCAUAUCCCUCUCACCCUCAGGGUGUAGCAGAAUCAAGGGUAUAUUUCUGAGGCCCUUAUUUCAUUUUUAUUCUGCUCUUCUUCUGCUUGGGGCAUUGCGGACUCACUUGUUAUCCUAUAAAUUUAUUCUCGCAACUACACUUUGAAGUACGGUAAGUUAUGCUGAGACUAAUAAUGUGAUAGACCCCACAUCACCAGUGACCCUCAUGGCUGAGCAGGAUUUGAAUGUGGGUCUCCAAAACUUUCCCUACUAGGCUCCUUGCUAAAUGUGUGAGCAACAGAAAGGCGUCUGGGUUCACACAGUGCAUAGUUAAACGAUGGAAUGGAUGGCCAACAAUCUGGAUAGCAUUAAUAGGAGACUAGACAAAUAUGUGGAGUAUAAGGCUAUUUCUUAUGCCCGCUGCCAAGGCAGUGAUAAGGAGUGCUGUUGUGCUCAUGUUUUGCUGCUGGGCUUCCCUGAGGCAUCUUGUUGACCACUGUGGACAGCAGGAUGCUGGACUCGAUGAGUCUUUGACCUGAUCCAGCAAGGUGGUUCUUCCAUUCUUAGGAUUUGUGGGAGUAGUAAAGCCCUUUAAAGCCCUAAAAGGCCUCGGUAUACCUGAAGGAGCGUCUCCACCCCCAUUGUUCUGCCUGGACACUGAGGUCCAGCGCCGAGGGCCUUCUGGUGGUUCCCUCAUUGCGAGAAGUGAGGUUACAGGAUUAGGCAGAGGCCUUCUCGUUGUUUAUACUUGGCAUGUAACCUGCCUUCCCAGCUUCUAUGUCUAGGUAAUCAAACAACUAUAUCUAACUUUCACAGUGCAUCUGGAAGCCCCACUUAGCGUUGUUUGCACAUCAACACUGUAUCGUUUUCAGAUAUUCAAUUCAAGUUUCUCCCAGGUGCCUCGAUGAACCUGUUGAUGCUGCAAAGAUAAUCUGAUUUUCCUAUGUUAGUCUGUCCAGUUCUGCAAGUGAGGUCUGUCAGCUUUGCCAGUCUGCCAUUCUUACUACAUGUCGAUGUUAGUUGAGUGCUGUGUUUCCAUUUCUGAGCCAAUAGAAUUCUUGCUGGGGAACAUUUUCCUUCCCUACCACAGUGAUGAAAAGAAAAUAACCUCCAUAGUAAGUAGUGACUGUUACCUACACCCUUUUAGUAUUGCAACCCACUGCUCUCUUCCCAUUCUCCUUGCCUCUGAAGGCUUGAGAAGGACCUCUGAGGAUGGUUGGCAGUAGUUGAGUAGGCUUGUAUGAGAGAGCGAGAAAAAGUCAUUCAGGAACCUAAGUCCCAAACUGUUCAGGGCUUUGCCUCAAGAUUGCACCUGACCUCCUUUGGGCUGAACUGGAGAAGGCGCUGUCAAAACACAAGCACCUCAUCGGACUGAAGUGAAUAGUGUGUGCCUAACCCUACACAGUAGAACUUGUCCCCUGAACUUGCUUUGCUACUUGUUUAGUUUUGUUGUUUAGUCGUUUAGUUGUGUCCGCCUCUUCGUGACCCCCUGGACUAGAGCACGCCAGGCACUCCUGUCUUCCACUGCCUCCCACAGUUUGGUCAAACUCAUGUUGGUAGCUUCAAGAACACUGUCCAGCCAUCUCGUCCUUUUGUCCCCUUCUCCUUGUGCCCUCCAUCUUUCCCAACAUCAGGGUCUUUUCCAGGGAGUCUUCUCUUCUCAUGAGGUGGCCAAAGUCUUGGAGCCUCAGCUUCAGGAUCUGUCCUUCCAGUGAGCACUCAGGGCUGAUUUCCUUCAGAAUGGAUACGUUUGAUCUUCUUGCAGUCCAUGGGACUCUCAAGGGUCUCCUCCAGCACCAGAAUUCAAAAGCAUCAAUUCUUCGGCGAUCAGCCUUCUAUUUAUGGUCCAACUCUCACUUCCAUACAUCACUACUGGGAAAACUAUAGCUUGAACUAUACAGACCUUUGUUGGCAAGGUGAUGUCUCUGCUUUUUAAGAUUCUGUCUAGGUUUGUCAUUGCUUUUCUGCUUUGCUACUUACCGAUGUGUAAUAUGCUAUAAAGUUUCUCCUAUUUGAUGUCAGCAGGGGGCUGAAACUGUCAUCCUCCUUCUGACACCUGUUUAGUAAACAAAUGUGUGGCCAUUUGCAGUUUGGUCAUCAUGUUUGUUUAGAAACUGAAGAGGCAAAGUAAAGUAUGCUUCCUCUCUGUUUCAAUACUCAAACUAGCUUAAUUUGCAGUUCUGCUCCUUGAAGACAGCAUUUCUUGUUAUAGCUUCCACCCUUGUGAAUAAACAUUCCAGACCGAAUGCUCAUGAAUCUGUAGACUGAUUCUCUGGAGUUCUGUUGCCUAGAAUGUUUCUUUGCAUGGGGAAAAAAAACCUCAUAUUAAAAUUGCAGAGGGGAGGAAAGAGAGGAUCUAGGUUUGGUCUUCUUGCUGACACUGGGGCUAUACAUUUUUCCCUGUUGAAGAAAACACACACAUUUUUUUUACCACUUAAUUGGAGCAUUGAGUCAGCUCUCAUCAACAUGAGAUACUAUUAGAGCUACGGUUGCAUUCUGGCAAGGCAGAACCUGUGUAUGUCAGGACUCAGUAGCUUCAAAAUAUCAUUUGCAUUGACAUAUAAUUAAUUAUUCAAACUCACAUAAAUAUUAAUUAUAUGCCAGUACAAAUGACAUAUUGAAGCUACUGAGUCCUGUAUACUAGCGAUGACUAAAAUAAGCUCUGUACUUUAUAUAGGGGUGUUUUGCAGGACCUUUUCACCUGUAAGACUUGGUCUGCUGGGCUAGAAAGCUUUGCCACUCCUGAAACAGAAGUUUAAAGUCCUAACCAGCACUUCGAUUUGGGUCUGGAUGUGGGCCGACUUCCAGUGAAACUCUAUUACAAAAUAGUGGAGCCACACGUUCCUGAUAACUGGCUCCAGUCAGCAGUCUGGCCACAGCAUACUGUGCCAGCUGAAGCUUUCAAACAAAAGCUAGUUCAGCUGCAAUGCAGGUCGUGAGGUAUCCUGGCCAGAUCUGACUUUUCUAGGAACAGGUGCACCCAGCGCACCAAGCAAAGUUGUGCAAAGACACUUUUGCCCACAGCCAGCUUCUGAACAUCCAGGUUCAGGGUGCAAAACUCAACUUUAAAGUGGGGCGCAAUCCAGACUAGCUGCUGCUUGCUUUUGGUUUAGUUGAGAGUAAACUGAUCAAAUCAAGCCCCUGCUGUUUUUUGUUUUUUUUUGGGAUUUGAUAUCCCGCUUUAUCACUGCCCUAAGGAGUCUCAAAGCGGCUAACAAUCUCCUUUCCCUUCCUCCCCCACAACAAACACUCUGUGAGGUGAGUGUGGCUGAGAGACUUCAGAGAAGUGUGACUGGCCCAAGGUCAGCCAGCAGCUGCAUGUGGAGGAGCGGAGAUGCGAACCCGGUUCACCAGAUUACGAGUCUACCGCUCUUAACCACUACACCACACUGGCUCUCUUCUGUUAAACAGAAACAUGUGGAAGAAGAGCUUAUAAGUAUAUAGUGACCUGUAAACCAUCACCAAACUCCCCUGUGAUUUUGCUCUGGUUCUAGAACCAGAUGAGAGUGCUCUGCAGCAUGUUACUUUUUGGGGAUGGUGUUUGGGCUUCUGUCUCCUGGCAACAGAGACAUCUUUAUCCUUUCUCAGGAGUUUCAGUUGUGGCCUUGAGUAAUUUCCCUCCUGUUCUGGAGUUCAAUCCGCCACUUUGUGGAGGAUCUUGUCUUGUGCUGGAGUGCUAGUUGUGUUGAUCUUCUGCUCCCAUCUUAAAUGCACACCCUCGGUUUGGAAAACCACGGCAGUUUUUAAAGAAAGAGACUGAGCCCUUGAUACGGAUGGACUUUCCCCACUGCUAUUCCUGCAAGGGUUGCAUCUCUUAGAGAGGUAAUGUGACCUUUCGUUCAGAAGUUCCUUAAAGGCCAGCAGUUUGUUAAAUAGGGUUUUAACAGAUCAAAUGCCCUUUCGAUUAAAAUUUUUAAAAUUAUAUUAUCUCAUUCAGUAUGGAUCAUUGAUGGCAAGGAGGUAAAAAAUAACUGUGGCAUUUCUCUCAGAGGCUGGUGAAAGGUCAUUAAUCUAAUGCUUUGCAGAAACCAUUAACUCCUUAUGUCAGGCAUUGCCGCUGGCUGGGUGUGAGGACUACGAAUGGGAGAAGGUUCAGUUGCAGGUGACUGGUUUCAUUUCGUCAGAUUUUUCAGCCAAGUAGUACAGCACAAGCAAAUAAGUUUUCCAUCAUACAGAACAGCUGACACCUGGAGACUGAAGGUGUGUCCCAGUGAGCAAGAUCAGUACUGCCAGCGUUGGCUCAGCUGUGCUCAUGGGUCUUUGCCUUCCGCAGCCCAUGGAUGGGGCCUGGUUGCAGUGAUACCCCUGCAGUAUGGACAACAACUGGCCAUUUUUUUCUCCAGGGAAGAUAGAGAGAUAUAAGAAAUAGGCAUGCAGGAAAGCAUAAAUUCCAGACGUGAAGCCUUAAGGCAAAGAUGCAUUGUUUAGAAUGAGAAAAACGGGUUUAUUUAGUGACAUUCUCAUGGAGAGAGAUUCAAGAUUACCCACGUCUUGGUCCAAGAAACCAGAUACCUUCUUGUUACAGUAUAAACAAUUUUAACAGCAGCUCUAGUUUUCCUAUUUCUAGCCUUCCCGCAUAUCUAGAUUCUUUUGGAAUUAGCCAGUGGAAUUAGUUCUUGCUUGACCUCCAGCUAGCAACUGAAAAUACUUUCAUAGGAGAAUGCUUAGAAAAAAUAAAUAUUGUCAGGUUAUACACUGACAUUGUAGCAGCUGGUUAACUGAUAGAGGUGUGCUUAAGAACAUAUUGGUGGCUUUAUAAGUCAUCCUUCCCCCAACCUAGUUUGAACUACAGUUCCUAUCAGUCCUAGUCAGCACCAUUAGUUCCUGAACACUGUAAAUCCUGUCCAAUAGCUGCCGACUGUGGUUGAAGAACAAACUGGAGGUAGUUGAAAUGAAUGCCAAGAAAGGAUUAAUAACACUAAUUAUUUAAUGCACAGUUGGGAACAAUUUGCUCAAUAUUAGAAUGACUCUUGGGAAAAUUAGUCUGGAUUGUUGUCUCUUCAUUCCAUAAUUCUUGUGCUAAUCAUGUGUUGAUAUGUGUGUGAGUCAAGAAGGGAAGGGAUUCUACUCCCCACAACAGUGGUUCCCAAUUAGCUUAGUAGUGCAGACCCCCUGUUUUUCAAAAGGCAAGCCAUGGAGCCCCUAGUUCUGAAAAUGUUGAUAUCUCUAUGGUAGGUUAUUUUAUGUGAAUAGUGCCGCAGACCCCCCUGGGUGGGUUAUGUAGACCCUCUGGGUUCUGCGGACCUCCAGUUGGGAACUAUUGUCCUACAAGAAACUGAUUUCAGGCUUCUCAUAUGCAUCUGGUUGGACACUGUGAGAACAGGAAGGUGGACUGCAUGGAUCAUUGGCCUGAUCCAGGAGGAUCCUCUUAUGUUUGUUGUGGGGGAGGAAGGAAAGGAGAAUGUUAUGCACUUUGAGACUCCUUAGAGUAGUUAUAAAGCGGGAUAUCAAAUCCAAAAUCCUCCUCCUCUUCUUCUUCUUCUGUUUCUGUUUCUGUUCACCAGCACCCACAGAGACCUUCCCUUGUGCCUACAGGGUCUCCUCCACCCACUGAAAUUCAACUUGAAAGAAGCAUUCUCUUGUGCUAGUCAGUAGGAUAGAUUGAGCUCUGUCAUUGGUUGCUGUUCGUAUUUGGUGCUCACAACAGGUUUAAAAGGUUGAUGACGUCUGGUUUAAUCAAACAAACCCAAUUCAAAACAUGGUUUAUGAAGCUGACUUGUUUCAGUAAACCGUAAAUAAGAUUAAUUACAUUUUGUGUUUGGACCUAACACUAAACUAUGGUGAAUAGAAAAUGGAAGUGGAAGCUUCAAAUGUCCCCAUGACUGUGGAGGCAGAGUGUAUAAGCCAGGGCUGGGCGAUAUCUGGUUUCCAGCAUCACAAUAUACCAAUGUAUGACAAUGUCUGAAAUAAGGAUGGUGCUAGGUAGAGGCACUGGCUGGCUUCACGGUUUCUCCUGCAUCGUGAUUUUUGCCUGCGCCUGCUCUUGUAAUUCGCUGCCCCCUGCAUUACUGUAUGAUACAAUAAUCAUGACUGCACAUCAGCUAAGAAAUACAGACUAAAAUAAAAGUUUGUGCUAAUCUACUUUAUGUAAAAUAUAAUCCACAGAAAAUAAAAACUUUUCUCCUAACACCACACUUUUGUGAGUAACAUACAGUUGUGGUUUCCAGUAUUUCCAAGCUGAUACCAUUAGCAAUAAGCACUUAAAUAGUUUUAUACUCAUUUACUUGUAUCUUGCAUGUUCUAAAAUGGCGCACAUGUUACUGUGGAAUCUCUUGGGUUUCCCCAUGCCUUGGCAUUUUUCUGUGGCGCUAGGGUUCUUCUGGGAUCCUUUGUUUCUGUCAAUCUACAGAUUACAUGUUUGCCUAGUUGUUCCUUUCCAAAACUGAGCAGUUAGUUUCAUGUUUUGCUGGCAGCAGCGGAAAAUUGCCAGUUCUUGAUGUUUUCCAAAUGAGUGGAGAAAUGCCAGCUAGAAUUGGUUUUGGCACAUGGACGUUUAAGGGGAUUGCCUUGGUGAAACGCGGUUUGCUUUUCAGAGGGGGGAAAUUGUUGUUCUCGUCGUCACCACCAGCAGAUAGGCAGUGGAGUUCCUCGCUCUGUAUGUUCUCACCAAGAAGCAGGGGUUGGUUUUUAGUGCUGUGAGUAGGCAACCUACAUAAAUGUUUUAAAGCAGGAUUCCUUUUCGCUUACACAUGGUGGCACUAACAUACCGGAGACCGUAUCUCACUCUUCUUCACCUGGGAGGAAUUCCUGUGUGUUUACUCUUCCAGCUGGAACUGAAGGAGGCUCACACAUCAGGGUACAACCAUAGAAUCACAGAACUGAAGUGUUGGAAGGGACCCUGAGGGUCAUCUAGUCCAACCCCCUGCAAUGCAGGAAUAUGCAGCUGUCCCAUACGGAGAAGCAGACUUGCAAUCUUGACAUUAUCAGCACCAGGCUGUUACCAACGGAACCAUCCAGGAUCUUAUGCAAACCAAACCUUUAGAAUGCCAACUAGAAGAUAUUCAGAUUGAUUAAAAAAAGAUGUUCCUUCCAUCUCUCUGUAUUUCAGCAAUGAUGUAAUAGGCAAAUGGUUUCCAAGCCAUUUUGGAAGCCAGGGUGUAAGCAAUAAAUCCCCCUUAGUUAACAAUACUGUACACACUUUCCCCAUAAAACUAUGUCCACAGUGUUAAUUCCAUUUUAAUGCCCAGUUACCCAAAUCAGCUUUAGUCAUCUGAAUGGAUUUGCAGUGGGUUGCUAGGAUGGAAGUAUUUGGUGGUAGCUUUGCUCUAGGCUAGUCUAUACUUCAGAUAGACAGGAGCAUUAGACUCCUGAGUAAGCUUAGCUGUCGUGAGAUCAGAGGAGAGGUCCUCUUAAAAGUAAGUACAGUGGUGCCUUGCAAGACGAAAUUAAUUCGUUCCGCGAGUUUUGUCGUCUUGCGAAGCACGGCGUCGGGAAAGUUUUGGAAAAGGUUCAAAAAUCACCAAAGUCUUUAAAAACCUCAAAAAAGGCUACCACACCGCGUUCUAUGAGUUGCUCCUCGAAGUCAAGUCGCAACUAUAUUAACGGUGUUAAGAAAAAGGAAACAGUGAGAGCUGUUUGACAGUGGAAUUUGCUGCCAAGGAGUGUGGUGGAGUCUCCUUCUUUGGAGGUCUUUAAGCAGAGGCUUGACAACCAUAUGUCAGGAGUGCUCUGAUGGUGUUUCCUGCUUGGCAGGGGGUUGGACUCGAUGGCCCUUGUGGUCUCUUCCAACUCUAUGAUUCUAGGAUUCUAUGAAACUUGCAAGACGUUUUCGUCUUGCGAAGCAAGCCCAUAGGGAAAAUCGUCUUGCGAAGCAGUUCAAAAAACAAAAAACCCUUUCGUCUAGUGAGUUUUUUGUCUUGCGAGGCAUUCAUCUUGCAAGGUACCACUGUAAAUGGUUAAGGAACAGGAAGCAGAGAGAAGGCAUAAAUAGACAGCUCUCUCUUUAGCAACACUGGGAUGGGGGCAAUUUUGCACAACUUAUAAAGGUUUCACGCAGACCUGUAUUAAGCAGUUCUUUCCCCCUCUUCUUUUUUCUACAGCAAAUUAGUGUAACAAGGAGCAACUCUUAGACAAUCACAAAGCAAAAACCACACCUCUCUGAAUGCCAUGCCCUUUCCCCAAAAUAAACAUAUUUGUCUAGCUAGUGUCCUCCCUAAUGUGGAGCAAAGUAGUCAGUUCUUCCAUUUCCUAUCCUUUAUAAAUAUCUGAUGAAAUUAAGUCCACAUUUGUCACCAGAUUUUAUUUGUUCAGUUUAUUUCAAAGCUCUUUUUAUCCUGCCUUUCUGUUUGAAAAUGCUCAGAGCAGCCAGCAAACAACUCCCUAAAAGUAUACCCCAUUAGCACAUAAAACUGUUCAAAAACAUUGUAAGAUGCAAAACAGUGUUUUGAAAAAUUUGCGUAAACAAAGCAAUGCUAAAAGUAAAGAAAGGAGCGCCCACAUGCUGUUACGUACUAAUUUUCAGUGGUUUAUGGAUGUUUGCUUUGGUGCCGUUGUUGACCUUUGUUUUGGAAGUUUCUAUUUAUCUAAGCAUUAUUUGUCAAAGCAGAGGCGUAACAAAUGUAGAACUGGGAUUAGAAUAUUUAUUGUAACAUGGUAUUCAGAAAUGGGAAUGACAGGAGGAAAUAAACCCAGGGCCAUUUCAAGCCAUUUUGCCGCCUUGAUACAUCACAGAAACUAGAAUAAAGAAUAGAGAAUACGUUUUGAAAAUAAAAUAAAAAUCUAUCCAUCAAAAUUGUUACUGAUUUAAUCGCUGAUAAAAAGCACCAUCAUUUUCUAGAAGCCAUUAAUAUUUAAGUUUCAUUUGCCGCCUUCCUGGUAUGGGAAACUUGUGUCACCAAAGUUAUUAACCUCUUGAUUAAGCUGCCGAAAGCCUUUCUGGAGAUGUCUUAAUUCUGGCCAUUGCUAAUACCUUAUACAUAGGAGACUCCCCCCUUUGUGGCUUUCAUCUUCCAUUGCCAUAGAGACUCUGACUUUAGCUGAUCUCCUCUGCAGCAGGAUUUGCAAAAAGGCAGAGAGGCUCUGAGAUCUGAGUUUCUUUUGAACCUGUUUCCUGAAUUCACCAUAAAGGCACCUUAAUUUAGAUCCAGCGCAUGACCUACUUUUAAAACGCCUGCAGUCUGCUGGAGAGAAACUUUCAAUUCUAACAACUUAGCCCUGGGUAUUAUUGAUAAAGGGGCAAAAAUGGAUCUGUUAGCUUUAUUUCUUACCAUUGGCAAUUGGUCCAAAGACUACUGUGAACCCAAAAUGUGCUUUAUUAGUUGAUUUUAUUUAAUGCCCAAUGAACAACGUGACAUAGUGCUGACUGUUGGGAUACUGCCAGGGAGAUAAAGUCCAUCAAGGCCCCCAAGCCGUCUGCCGGACGAUCCAUCGACCUCCCGUAGUCACGCAGUAUCAACAAUUAGCGACAUGAGUUUCUCGAAGAUUUCUUGCCACAUUCCAGAGCUCAUGCACACUCUUAUCAGCAGAUAGCACAGCCAAAAGUUGCAAUCAGGAGAGCAUUAUUUACAAGUUUAUUCAGCGUUGAUCAGAACACAGAAAAACAUGACUGACUGCUUUAGUGUCUGCGACACCAGUGAGAAAACGAAAGCAACAGAAAACAUAAACAUCCUGUGAACAGGAAAUACGCAGACUCUGACUCACAAAGCCUGCUCCCUUUUAAGGUGGAACGGAAAUAUCCUAACAUCCUCCCCCUUCCGUGUAACCUGUAGUACCUGUGGUUCAACCCAAUUGCAACCUUUGUACAUAAACCUUAAGUUGUUCUCUGUUAACAACCUUAGACAACAGAUCAGCAGGAAUUUCAUUUCCUGCCAUGUAGGACACCUGAAUGAGUCCUUUCUGAAUACACUCCCUUGCACGAUGUAGCUUAAUCUGCAAGUACUUGGUCCUUUGCUUGCAACUCUCCGAGUUCAGCAAAGCCAAACACGAUCUAUUGUCUUGAUACACUUGUACAGGACAUUUCACAGAAACUCCGAUGUCCUUAAACAGUUGCAUCAACCAUUCACAAUCCAUGAGUGAAAAUGACAGAGCAUUGAGUUCUGCUUCACAGGAACUUAGGCUCACUGUCGUCUGCUUUUUGCACAACCAGUCAAACAGGCAGUGGUUGUACAUGUAGCAUACUCCAGAAGUGCUUGUACCAUCCGUGGUGUCACUUCCAAAACUUGCAUCUGCAAAGAUUUCAAGACCUCCAGUCUUCUGACUGGUGAACCUCAGCCUGUAGUGCAAAGUCCCUUUCAAAUAGCGGGCUAUGCGCUUCAGAGCUUUCCAAUCCUGAACAGUAGGAUUGUUGGCAUGUCUGCUAAGCAGGUUACAGCUUACAGCUAUGUCAGGUCUUGAGCAUCUAGCAAUGAAAUUCAACUUGCCUAGAAUGCAUCUGUACAGCGUUGUGUCAGAAAACGCUUCAGCAGUACUAUCUACCUGGUAACCUGUCACCAUCGGUGUGUCUGCUGGGUUUGCAUCAACCAAAUUCAACCUGGUUAAUACAUCAGCAAUUUUCUGUGUUUGGUGUACCAGAAAAUUACCUGCUUGGUCCCUCUCCACCUGCAGAGAAAGAUAGUUGGAUACCUCACCAAGAUCCUUCAUGUCAAGGUGCUCCUUUAGUUGAGCUAGGGUGCUUUGGUACAAAGCCUGAUUCUUCCAAAACAUCAGAAGAUCAUCAACAAAACAUAAACAAUACAGUUUGUUUUGCCCCUCCUCCUUGACAAACACACAUGGAUCAGCUUUGCCCUGGUGAAAACCUAGAGAAAGCAAUGUCUCAGUGAGUUUUGUGUUCCAACACCUGGCACUCUGCUUGAGACCAUAUAAGGAUUUCCGCAGUUUACAGACCAUUCCCUUCUGUAUCUGCAUCCCGUCAGGUGGAAGCAUAAACAGCUCCUCCUCCAAAAUCCCGUACAAAAAGCUGUAUUAAUGUCAUGAUGGGAAACAUGCAGUUUCUCCUCUGCAGCAAUCUUGAGCAUCAGCCGAAUGCUCUCAUAUUUGACGGUGGGUGAGUAGGUCUCGUGGUAAUCCUGUCCUGGUACCUGUGAAAAACCUCUGGCAACCAAUCUGGCUUUGUGUCUGACAACCUUGCCAUUCUGGUCUGUCUUGGCCUUGAAGACCCAUUUGCUGCCAACCAGUCUCAUUCCUGGGACUACCGGUACCAACUCCCAAGUUUGGUUCCUGUUCAAGGAAUCAACUUCAGCCUUCAUGGCACUAAGCCAAGGCUCAGCAUCUUUAGAGGUUAACUCCUGAACCUCUUUGAAGCUUGAAGGUUCCCACACCUUCUCUGAGCUACUAAGAACAGCAGUUGCUGUCUUAGCAAACUCAUCAGCAAAUCUCUUUGGAGGUCUGCCCUUCGUGGCCCUCUCAGAUCUGCGUACUAGACGCAAGUCUUCUGGACUCAUCUCCUCUUUCUUAGGAGAAAAGUGACCAAUGGUGAACAGUGGUUCUUCCAGUUCAUUGUCAGACGCAUCAGAUGGUCUGACUGAGGCCUUUGCGCUCUUGUAGUCUGCUGUGUCAUCACUGUCACUGACACCAGCAGCAGCGCCGCCCACUGAACUGGAAUCCGAACUCUGAUCAUCAUCAUCAUCAUCAUCAUCCUCAGCAGCUUCCUCAGCUUUAGCUGCUUCUUUGACAUCACCUUCAUCCUCCUCUGGGUAACUCUGGAAAAUUCCCACAUUUUCCCCCCACUUAGGAUUGUACUCAACACUCUUUGUGAACUUAAUGGAUUUAGAGUCAGUCAUCCAUACCCUGUAUGAACCUUUUUCGUACCCCAUGAACAAACCAUGUGCCCCACGCUUCCCAAGCUUGUUGCUUUGUGGGGUGUGUACCCACAUGUCAGAACCAAAGAUUCUCAUGUGCUUGAUGUUGGGUUUCUUACCAAACAUCUUCUCAUAGAGGGUACAACCAAUAGGUGAUGACAAUCUGCGAUUAUAAGUGUAAGCAAAAUUCGACAGAGCCUCCCCCCAAUACUUAUCAGGGAGAUUGGCAUCAUGCAACAAUGUUUUCACUCCUUGCAGCAACGUUUGAUUUGCUCGCUCCGCAAGCCCAUUCAUCCAUGGCGAUCUAGGCGUUGACAAGUCAUGCUGGAUUCCCUUCUCAGUCAGGAAAGCUUCAAACUGCUGAGAAGUGAACUCCCGCCUCGAUCAGUAAACAGACAGCCAAUACGUUUACCGUGAACAUUCUCCAACCAAGCACAGAAUGCCUUGAACUUAGGAAACGCUUGCGAUUUCUGCUCGAGCAUAAACACAUGAAUGUACCUGGAAAAAAAGUCAAUUAGAACCAUGAAGUACCUUGCUCCACCCAAAGAGGGCGCAAGUGGACCAACCAGGUCUGCGUGCACUAGCUGGUAGGGUUUGGAAGCCUGCCUGCUAGACUCCUUGCCUUUUGGAGCAACCUUCACCUUGUUCUCUGCACAAGAUACACAUUUCAUGUGAAACUUACAGGGUUUGAUGUUCAAACCCUCAACCAUCUCUGGCAUCUUGGCCAGUGCCUUCCAAGAGAUGUGGCAAAACCUUCGAUGUGCAUCGUGAAUGCAUCCUGCAUGAAGAACUUUGUUAGUUUGUGCAACACAACAAGAAUCAACAUUAGACACAACAGCAGCACUGUCAUCAUAAGUUAUACAGAACAAGCCAUCCAUAAACUUUGCAUGCAAAAUGUCCUCUUUGCCUUUUCUGAUGACACAGACGCUCCUCUUGAAGGAAAUCUCAAAACCACGCCCAGUGAGCUGUGGGACACUGAGCAAAUUGUCUGCAGCACCUGGAACAUAAAGUACAUCUUUGAUGGUAGUGUGCAGACUUGCCAGUUUCACAGUCCCUUCUCCUGCGAUUCGCAACGUCUUUCCGUCAGCCAGGUGGAUCUCACCUUCUUGAGGUUUGAAGGAGAUAAACAGGUGGCGGUCUUUCGACACAUGGCGGGUACAGCCUGAAUCAACAACAAACCUGGCUUUGACCUCCGGAGCAGUCUUUGCAGCAAGCAAAACCUUGUUUUCCACCGGCGUGGGCUUUUGCAGCUUGCCCCCCUGCUUCUGGCCAUCAGACUUGCCUUUAGCCUUUGGUGAAGCUGUGCCAGUAAACAAAACCUUGUUUUCCACUGGCGUGGGCUUUUGCAGCUUGCCCCCCUGCUCCUGGCCAUCUGCAGGCGUCUGCCUCUGUUUACCUUUGCCCUUCCGGCCUCUGCAAAGGCGAUGACCUUGGCUCCCAUGAGAAACAGAGCUCUCAGCUGCCGACUCCUUGGCUCCCCCUGGAGGCUGGAAUGCUGCCUGGGAUGACGUGACAGUCAGCUCCCCCUGCAGUUUGCAACCGGUGCCCUCAGCAUCCCUGCAUUCACUCGCAUUCUGGGAAACAGCCAGGACCUCCGAUGCAGUCAAACUCUGGGCUGGGAUGACUGGCAGAUGGGCUAUCUUCAAAGCAUGCCACAUAUUACGUGCAGUCACAUUGCCAGCAAGCGUCUUUAUUUCCUCCAGAGAGACGGACAAGACGAUUACGUCUAUCGCCCUCAAAUUUUCGGCCUCCCAUCUAUCUGUCAGAGGAACUGGAGGGGCCUCACACACUGUAUGCCACACUCCAAACUGACGCAGCAAGCUCUCACACCACACAGCCCAGGUCCCAUAAUUGUGCCGAUUUAACUUUGGGCACUCAUCAGCCUCAGAAGCCUGGAAAAACUCCAUUCCAGCUUUUUACUUGAGCCUUGAGCCUUUAUGCCUUCAAAGACGUCUUAUCUUAGCAGCUAUAAAUCUUGAGGCCUUUGGCGCGGCUCCCAGAUCCAAUAAUCUGCCGGAGUUCAAAGGCCCUUGCCACGGCAAACAGAAAAGCCUUACUUUCGCUUUUCCUCCACAUACCUUUCAGCAGUCUGUCGCAGUCUUACUCUCCUGUAAGUGCUGUGAAUCUGGGCCCGAAACCUGUUUGUUGGGAUACUGCCAGGGAGAUAAAGUCCAUCAAGGCCCCCAAGCCGUCUGCCGGACGAUCCAUCGACCUCCCGUAGUCACGCAGUAUCAACAAUUAGCGACAUGAGUUUCUCGAAGAUUUCUUGCCACAUUCCAGAGCUCAUGCACACUCUUAUCAGCAGAUAGCACAGCCAAAAGUUGCAAUCAGGAGAGCAUUAUUUACAAGUUUAUUCAGCGUUGAUCAGAACACAGAAAAACAUGACUGACUGCUUUAGCGUCUGCGACACCAGUGAGAAAACGAAAGCAACAGAAAACAUAAACAUCCUGUGAACAGGAAAUACGCAGACUCUGACUCACAAAGCCUGCUCCCUUUUAAGGUGGAACGGAAAUAUCCUAACACUGACAUAUAGUGUUAAGUCCUAGACAUACAGUGUUAUUGUGGUUUUGUGCAAUAUUCUCAAUAUGCCCAGUUGGGUUCAGUGACUUACCUAUGAGUGAUAUUCCAUCUUGCCAUUGGCCUUAUGUUGGUUGAUGUAUUUGUGUGCUAUUUCUGGGCUGGACAUGUAUUUAUUAUUGCAGGUUUUCUUAACAUGUGGUUCUAUUAGAAGUUUUUUAUUUAUCUUAUUCCUGUCGAAAGUUGUAUUUUUAUAAGGCUGUAAGCCACAGUGAAUGAGUUCAUAAAGUCAUCCUAUGAAUGUUAUAAAAUAAAAAUGUAUCUUAAUAUAUGUGAAGCUUCUUGAAAGUGACAUGUUCCAAGGCGCAUGUGUGGGUUUUGUUAACUCUGAAACAGUGGCGACAGUGAUGUAAGGUUAUGAGAAUGAGUCUGGGGGAGCCUCUGGCGCCUCUGGAAAAGCCACAAGGAAAUGGGAAGGCCUUGCUUCUGUUUUCAGCCAACUGUAAUUACUUAUUUUGUCCAAACUGAGGACCAUUAUUAGUGUUAACUAUAGUUAAUACACUGCAUUUUGAAGGCGGCUUGUUCUCUGAAAUAUACUUAACAUUCAUCACAGUUUCCCCUAGCUUUGGACCUGAGUCACUAUGGUUAUCUGCAGAUGGAAGCAAUCACUUCUGAUUUCCUCCUCUUGGUUGUCCUGGUAGAGGAGAGGGCAGGGAAGAUUGGCAGGGUAUAGAUAAUAAAACUGUUAUUGUUAUUAUUAAACCACAGUUCAGCAUUAUGUGUGAACCAGGACAGCAUGCGGAGCCAUCUCUUUCCGUGAUGUGCAGACAGGGAACAUGGGCAAAAAUAACGAAAGUGAAAUUCCCUACUGGGCAGUUUGCUUCAUCAGUGAACCUGGACAUUUUACUUUAGCUUUAAAGGCCAGAUCCAAAGAGCUCCUUGGGGCAUUCCAUUUGGUAUUUUCUUCUAGCUGGAGCUCUUCAGAGGCUUCUCCCAGCUGUCCCCUGAGAUUGAGGAAAUGGCGGCUCCAGGACAAAGCACGCAUGUACCUGCAAUCCAGAAAACAGCUUUGGGCACCGUUGCCUUUGUACUUGCCGUUUCUCUAAACCGAAAAGUCCCAAAUGCUGCAACAUUUCCUCAUAGGGGAUCUGCUCUACUUUUUUUUUUCAACUGUAUGACAAGCAAAAAUUCACUGGCUGAAGAUUUUAUUGCCACAUGGUCCAGUUCAUUUACCCCAUGUGUAAAAAGCUUCACCUGUUGAAUUUCUCCUCGCCGCGCAGUUGUACAAGGCGCUAGCGCUUUGCCAGAAAAAAAGGUUGACAAAUCUGCAUAGCCUCUGUUUCUCUCUCAUUGGUGAAUGUCUUUUGGGGUUGAGUAAUGCAGCAGUUUUGCAUCUGGAUUCUUGCUCAAAGGCCUUAAAAUAAUGUCUGCAGCCUAACAUAGAAUUGGCCUGUUACUGUAUAUAUUGAAUCUUCAUCCUGACCUUCAGACCGGUUGGGUGUAUGCAGCAUAAGCACAAUAAUGAAACAACAGAUAAAAUGGUUAAUCAUUAAAAUGUACUACACAAGGUUAAAAUGCUUCUGUGAGCAAAAACACCUUAGCCUGGUGCCGAAAGGACUCUGAUGAAGGUGCCAGGGAAGCAAGGCUGUGUGUGUUGUUGUUGUUUAGUCAUUUAGUCGUGUCUGACACUUCGUGACCACCUGGACCAGAGGACGCCAGGCACUCCUGUCUUCCACUGCCUCCCGCAGUUUGGUCAGACUCAUGUUUGUAGCUUCGAGAACAGUGUCCAACCAACUCAUCCUCUGUCGUCCCCUUCUCCUUGUGCCCUCAAUCUUUCCCAACAUCAGGGUCUUUUCCAGGGAGUCUUCUCUUCUCAUGAGGUGGCCAAAGUCUUGGAGCCUCAGCUUCAGGAUCUGUCCUUUCAGUCAGCACUCAGGGCUGAUUUCCUUCAGAAUGGAUCGGUUGGAUCUUCUUGCAGUCCAUGGGACUCUCCAGAGUCUCCUCCAGCACCAGAAUUCAAAAGCAUCCAUUCUUUGGCGAUCAGCCUUCUUUAUGGUCCAGCUCUCACUUCCAUACAUCACUACUGGGAAAACCAUAGCUUUAACUAUACGGACCUUUGUUGGCAAGGUGAUGUUUCUGUUUUUUAAGAUGCUGUCUAGGUUUGUCAUUGCUAAAGGCUGUGUGGCAAGGGCAUUUGAGAGUUCAGGUGUCACUGCCAAGAAAGACUUUUCUUUUGUUGGAGUUCCAUGGCAUCCCUCAGACAGAUGCUCACAAGGAAGAAGGGCCUUGGCAAAAAGGCUUUAAUCAAAGAAAAAGAAAACAAAACCAACCCGGUCUGGCCUGCCCUUGUGCCAUUUGCCAGCAUAUGGAAAAAGCAUUAUCACCUGCAAGCAUGGAGCAGCUCACCAUGAAAGGCUUGGCCAAAGGAUCUGCUAGAAAAUUAGGCAGCUGGAUUCUGGUUUUUAAUAUAAGUAGAUUGCUUGAAAAGGGAUAGAAAUACCUUAAGGAAAGCAUUAUUUUGUUGACUAGCACGAAGUCUGUCAGCCCACAAUAAAAUCUACACCUUGUUGCUGAUCCAUUUGGUUGUGUGUGACUUUCUGAUUGAGGGUGCCACAGCUGAAGGUUUCAGCCGUUAUUUAAGAAUGCCAGCUUUAAGGAGAAUCAGCGAUCUGGGGAUUACGGCAGCUUUGGGGUGCCUAAGGGCUGGUGUUUUGUAACCAAAGGGAAAGUUUAAUCCUUGCACUUGUUUCUCCCCUUCAGGAAAGGUGGUUUGUCACUGAAGACAAUGUGGAUGAGUUUCUGGACAGUCUUUCGAGGAUGUCCCGUUCCAGCCCGUCUGAGAUGGAACAUCAGCCAUUAAUUGAAGUGUUGGAUGUCUCGGAGGGCAAAAGUCAGAUCAGAUUAAAGGUAAGGCAUUGUUCAGCAGGCCUGCCUUAUCAUCCAUGAACAACACUGGAGUAACCAGUCACUGUCUUACCUGUCUCCAGGUCACUGUCUUACCUGUCUCCAGUUCCAUUUGCCCAACACCUUGCUGCUUGUAAGGAUAUUUUUACCUGUGCGUUACGGCCGCUCAUUGAUUCUGAAAACUUCCAAAUUAAAUGUUCAGCAAACAUGGCAACUUGCUAUUCCACUUGUAUUAAGCUCCCCACCCUGGCAUGUGUGUGCUGGGAAUGUUCUGUGUUUCAAUGAGAUUGCCAUGCUUGUGCAAAAAUCUGCAGAUCAGCCAGAAUUUGGCUUCAACUCAAUGCAGGACAAGCGACAUUGAAUUUAAACUGCAGAGAGAGAUUUAGGAUAAGCAAGAAUGUUCCUGAUGGCCAUGAACAUGCUCCCAGAACAGACCACACUGUUCCACUGCAUUUGGAGAGGAGCUUAACUGCAUGUCGGAAGUCAGAUUUUUCUCAUCUUAUUGCGGAUCUUGUAAGCUUUGUGAUUUUAAAGCCCUUUUGGAGAGCAUGAAGACUUGUCAUCUUGGAAGGAAUAGAAAUCCAAAUUCAAAUAUAAACAGAGGCAGCUGGCUGGACUGACACCUAAUAUUUAGAGUCUCUUGAAAUUUUAAGAAUUUAAGAAUUACUUGGUCCUGUGUGGCGGUUUCUCAAAUAGCCUGCUGUAACAAACGGUCAGAAUGAGGGUUUCUAGGAUGUCGCUCCCCUCCCCUCCUCCCAACUUAAUCGGCAGAAUCAUUACAAGAACUUCGCAAUUUGUAAAAUUAUAGCAUAUCCCAAAUAAUAAAUGAUUAAAAGUGGCAGCAGAUGAGUUGUAAUCUCUUCCUGAAAUAGACCGAACACGGUGUGGCUCCACAUGCUGCAUUUGCAAAUAUUAUUUCAAUAACCAUGUGCCUCAGCCAGCCUGUAUCUUGGAUCAGACUCUGAAAGUUCAAGGCCACAGUCUGGACUUUGCUCCUGGGGGUGGGUUGCGAGGGGCACUCUCUUUAAUUGCCUGCACACAAUGAAAUGAAAGAUAAGAGCAGACAUCUGUAUUUGUAGCCCAGCUCUCCUUACGGACUCUGGGGUUGUUUCUGCUUCCCCUACUGUAAAAUAAAAGUGUCUCACACUUUGUAUGUGUUGUCAACUUACAGCUUCCAUUUAAAGCCUCAGAGGCUGCCUUGCAUUUCUACCUUGGGUCUGGCACCUGUUGUUUGUUAGCUGUUGGAAACUUGCCAACUGCAAUGAAUAUCAAUAUUUGAUUUUCUACAUUUAAUUAUUGAAAGGAGAGCAGAGCUUGAUAUCGGUUGGAUGGCAAUUCCAGCCUACACCAGACCUCUUGGUUGGUAUCUAUGUGGUGUGUUUUCCCUUAUCUGUGCUCUCAUUUUUCUCAGUCCUGCACUGGAGCAGAAUAGCUUUUUCCAUUAACAUUUGCAGCCAGCACCGUGGCACAGACCACCUUGGUGUCCUAGAUUGCACAAGGCCAAGAAUAUUGAGGUUGGCAACCACCUGCUGUUCAUCUCCAGGCUACUUUGCCAGCCACCGCAAGAGUUUGUGUCUUAUUCUGUAUCUUAGAGGAUUGCUUUAUUUGCCAGUGAAAAUGAGAGCUGGUCUAAAGUCUUCUGAACAGCACAAAACGUGGCCCGUCCUGCUGCAUAGGAACAAUUGGAGGAAUGUUGACAUAGGGACCUGGGCUGCCAAUCAUUGGCUGCUUGUGGGCACUGUCAAAGAGGGUCCUUAGCAAGUAGGGUCCUUGGACGAUUUAGAUGCAGUCCUCCUCAGCAGCAAGGUGUUGAGGCUCAAAACACUCUUAAUUUAGACUACAUGCAUUGUUUUACACUUGUUUGCACUGAAUUGCAUUUGCCAUUUUACCACCCAUUCACCCAGUUUGGUCUUCACAGUCUCCUUUUGUUUCAUUAUCCCUGAUACUUAACCAAUUCCUGAUCUGCAAGAGGACUUCUCCAAUUAUUCCAUGAGCUUACUGACGUGUCUUUGCUGAGGUUCCUUGUCAAAAGUCCAAGUACACCAUGUAAUCAGAAUAAAACCAAUUAGUGCACCACUUAUGACUUAUACACAUUGAGUCUCCUCAGCUGAAACCAUGACUCCUUCUCUGAAAUGUGCAUGAUCCCGAUGGCCCCAAGGCAUUGGGUAACUACGGCUCUGUGAUAAGCGCAAGGCAUCUUGCAUAACCCAGCCAGAAUCAUCCUUCCUGUGAGGAGCACACAGUGGGCAGCCACCUGGCAGAACUCUUGCAACUUUGCCUCUGAGCACGUUCCCAGAGCUUUGUAGGUCAGGGUCCACUGCCAGGCCUGCAAAAAUCUCCAGCCCUGUUUACUGGAAACAUUGCAAGAAGGUACGAACUUAAAAGGGAGACCUGUUUGGGAGGAAGCCCAGGUUGUUCCUGUUUGGUGGCUGAGACCGUUUUCAGCAACACUUCUCUCCACCUUUAGCCUACCACUGUAACAAACAGCUCUCCCCCUUUCUUUUCACAGCCGCUGGAGCAGAACGGCUUUGAGCUUGGUAAAAUGCAAGAAGGAGCUACUCCCAAGGGAGAGGAUGGUGAACAAGAAAAUGGCAGUGAACUCUCAGCAGAUGCAGAAAGCUGCCCCGCACAAACAGCUCCGCUCACAUCCAUGGAAACAAUGGGCCAAGUUGGCGGGGGACCAGGCCAUUGUUUGGAGCUUGACCCCAGCAACCCCAGCUUGGCAAGCCCUGGGAAACAGCAGAUAAGGGAGUGCCGUGAGUCAGAACGUGCUUUUGCAAGGGUGGAGGAAAGAGCCACGUCCACACCACAAGCCCAGUUUGACUGGGAGGAGCCUGGCCAGACCAGAGGGGGGGAGGGUGUGCAUUCAGAGUCAGCACAGAACAACCAAGGCCAGGGCAGGAGCAGGCCGGCUCCUCCUGUGCUAAAGGAAACAGACAUGCGGGAUGGAAGUGUGCAGUACAUUACCAGCCACACAACGCACUGCGCUGUCGCCUUUCAGAAUGCUUUGUUGUAUGAACUGGAUUAA